UUAAAACGACGUCAUUUCUUCGUAGCUUUCAUUAACAACAGGAUUGUAACAACACGCUGAAGAAAAUGUCAGUGUUAACAGGGCUUAUGGAGCCCAGAUUGCUCGUGGUAAUGGCGAUUUUCGUGGCCAUGGUAACGGGCCAAAUGUUCGAUAAAAAUCCGACCAUCUAUGACCACAUGAAAAGUGGAGCUAACACGGUCAAAUCGAACCUGAUCGAAUCGGAACUGCAAAUAGAAAAAUUGUUUAUGCCAGACGAGUGUGUCCUGAACGACGAGGAUUUUUAUGGCGAUCGUCAGGUUGAAAUAGAGAUGGAGAGGCAGCGACUGCGGCUCAUCCAGGCGGAAGAAGGCGACACUGUCACGCUUCAUUACACUCUGUCCCUGGAUGACGGCACGGUCCUGGACAAGUCUAUACACGAGCCUGAUGACAUUCACGCCGAGGAGAUCAUCAUACCAGCCAUCUUUUCCCUGGGCUACCAACAAGUAAUUACGGGCUGGGAAAUAGGCGUCACCGGCAUGUGUGUUGGAGAGGUCCGCAAAAUCACCAUUCCGCCACAAUUGGCAUACGGACCCAAUGGAUAUAAACAGAAAAACAUACCGGCUGAUGCAACUUUAGAAAUCGAGACGAAACUGGUCAGUUUGAAGAAAAAAGACAUGGUCGACCACUACAUGGAUUUCCUACGUAAUCUUCACGUGUACACGUUCUUUAUUCUCGGACUCACGUUUCUCAUGGGCGGUUUCUACAAAGGUCAAAUAGCAGAAAAGAGGCGCUUGUAUCGCGAGAUAGCAGAGCGGAAACGUCAACGUGAGAUAGAAAACGAGAUUGAGGAUGAUGAAGAUGAUGAGUGUGAUGAUGAAGUGGCUGAUAAUAGUGAGGAGAAUGUAUCUCAAGAGACUGGUGACAUACCACAAGGAAAUGACUGGAACACUUCCCAUUGAAUGAUGGAAUACGUGCAAGUGCGAUUCCAGUAUUUAU